AUGACUGGAGUGAAUGAUGAAAAUUCAGUUGAAAAAGUGCUUUGUUUUUUUCAACUUAAUUUACCUCAUGUAGUUUUAAUUAAAAAUGUCGAUCCCCAAGGCUUGAAAGCAAUUUAUAAACUUUUGAUUGAAUUGUCUAAAGAAGAGAUCGAUUUUGAAGCCUUGGGUGAUAGAAAGAGAUUGAAUAGAGAACAGAUUAAGUAUCUUCAUGAAUAA